AUGCCUUGGCAGCUGAACCCGAUCCUUCGUCUCCACUCGUUACUCAGCCGCUUCGACUUCUUACUGCUACAUCGAUCUGCAUAUCGGAUCACAACACUACUACCGCGACCCUACUUUGAUGCGCUACAGGUAGUCGUGAUCCUGCCAAAGCAAGGGCACCUCCAAGCAAGCAAAGCACAGUGCAUCGCACACCCAAGCGACAUGGCCAUAGACCUUUUCUUAGAUCCAGACGUAUCAGCACAUCUCCAAGCCCAGACCCGCGUUUUCGUCAACGCCUUCACCAGCCGUAAUUUCGACCCGAACUCUCCUGUCUAUAGCAAUAUGAUUGGCAAAGACUUUAAACAUCUCGGCGUGACACUGGCCGAUGGGCCGUCUGAUGCGUUGAAUUUUGCGCAAUUUCUGGCUGUGCAGAAAGGGUUGGUGUAG